GCGAGGAAGAUGGCGACAGGCAGACUGAGCUGUAGGCAACGCUGUAACUGAUUUAGUCGGCAGAUAAUUCUGACGGGUCAAGCUCCUGUACUGCAGAUCCUGACCACUGUUAUUUGAGACUUUGCUCUGAAGGAAUAAGAACACUAAUGGCGUCCCUGUACGGUUUCUUAUGGCGGCUCUUGCUGGUUCUGGUACACGUCAACAGAGCGCUCGUCUCCUGGCUCCGUGUGCGGUUUCGGAGCUGGAAAGGCCGGCUGUGGGAGCGGGCGAUGGCCGCUCUGCUACUGCCUCUAGCCUUAGCUGGGUUCCCGGACCAUCAGAGGAAGCUAAAUCAUAACACUGAUUCAAACGUUAACCCGGUGACUGGAAACCGCUCGGCCAGUCGACGGUCACGGUGGCUGUCUGAUGGCAGGUCUCUGGACAAACUGCCAGUCCACAUCGGCCUGUUGAUUGCGGAAGAAGAGCCCAGCUAUACGGACAUAGCAAACCUGGUGGUGUGGUGUAUGGCUGUCGGUAUAUCUUAUGUCAGCGUCUACGAUAAUCACGGUAUUUUCCAGAAGAACAACCGUAUGUUGGAGGAGAUAGUUAGGCAGCAGCAAGACUUGCUGGGUUUAGAUGGAUCCAAAACCAAUGUGGAGUUCCUGAGCAAUGGCAGUGACAAACACCAGCAUCAUGUGGUGUCCUGCAGGCCCACAGUCAAGGUGUUGUCUCCAGAAGAUGGGAAGCAGAGCAUUGUCAGGGCAGCGCAGCAGCUCUGUCGCUCUGUGGAGAACAAAGAGAGGAGCUCUAAAGACAUCAGUGUCUCCAUGUUGGACAUACUGCUCAGAGAGUCAAAGAACAUCCCAGACCCUGAGCUGGUGGUGAAGUUUGGUCCUGUGGACAGCACACUGGGCUUCCUCCCCUGGCACAUCAGACUCACUGAGUUCAUCUCCCUGCCUUCCCACAGAAAUGUCUCCUAUGAGGACUUGUUUGGUGCCCUGCAGCAGUACGGUGCCUGUCAGCAGCGGCUCGGCCAGUAAUGUGAAGGCCAGCGUCACGCUCCUCAGACAGAAAGAAAUGUGGGGUUCACACAGUCAGGGGAAAGUUUGGACAGGGGUUGACACCUCCAUGCCUCGCUGUGUCUCUCACUGCUCCUCUCCUCUCCAUCUCCUGGAUCUCUAACUGACUAAGACAGUCAAAGACAUGGAAACCAGGAGACAUAGCCAGCAAGCUCACUUCCUGCCACUAGCUCUUGUCUUAUGAUGAACUCACAUUCCAGGACUUCUGGAACAUGCUCUCCAAGCCAAGAGAAAAUAGCAUAUCAGAGACAGACGCUGACAUGAGAGGAGAGUGUUCCACAAACCCUGUUCUGUCCUCUCAGACCCUCUGGCUCACAUUCAGUCUCCAGCUGCUGUUUACUGCUGAGGACUCGCCUUCACUGAGCAGAUAACGAAGAAGAAACAAGGCUUUGUGCCCAUGCUCGUGAGGCAUCCUGGGAAUUACAGCUGCUUUUUAGGAAGACAGAGUGGUUAAUAAUGUGUAAAUAUGAGAAAUUCAUGUGGCUCUGUGUUUGUCCCUGUGCCCUCCAGCUUGCAGUCAUGUGUUCAUCAUGCCUCAGACAUACGCAGAGGUUUGCUUAAGGCUUCUGUUAGACUGACCAACUCUGAAAUAAAGAAAUGCAGUAUCUGCUGACAGUUCAUAUAAAAAGUUUUGUGUGAGCUGGGAUAAAGGGUAAUUCCAUGACAAGGUAACCUUAACUCAUAAUCUCCAUAAUUGUGUCUCGUGUUGAGACGCGUGUUGAUGCAGACCAUGACAUGAUGUCUGAAUGAUGCAACUCUAACUAAAAGUUAGUAAGUGGGCCUUGGGUUUUUUGUCAAACUACUCUAUGAGCGGUCUUUCACACUCAAUUUGGGACAGACAUAUCACUAUAAUAACUUCUGGUAAUCGAGAUCUGGUAACACUAAACACCACUAAAAAAGAAGUCAGGAAAUCAGACAGGUUGGAAGCAAUCCUUCAAGUUUUUAAAAAACUUAUUUAGGGAAGAAAAAGAUAAGGGUCCUGCUUCUGCUUUGGCCUACUUACCCGACUUCCCAGGUUUUUCGUCUCAUCUGACUUAGUCCACACAAUGCUGUUAUUGCUGAUAGAAAUGUUGGAUGAAUCUGUGAAAAAAAGAUCUUAGUUCUAAUGAAACUGUAUUAUCCUUUAAUUGUCCUCAUUACAGGAUCAGUCAUUCCAAAACUGAGAGCCAGGCCCUGACCAGGGGAAAAAAUACAUCUUUUUCACAGACAGACAUUUUGACUUACCAAGCACGGGUCAGAGUGCUUGAAAGCAUGAACUGCUGCUUUGCAUUUCAACAUUCACUUUAACAGAGCAAUCAUUGGUGUAUUUAAUUUAACUUCUGCAUUUCCUGUGAGGAUAAGUCAAGAAUGUCUACUGUGAAGAGAGUAAAGGAACGUGAUUGAAUUGGGAAGCCACAAGAUGUUUGUAGAGUAACGGUCAUCACAGUCAUCUGACAAAGUUGUGGCAAAGUUGGCACAACAUAAAAGUAAAUGAAAACAUGUCCUACGAAGUAACAGAAAUAAACAGUGACUGUGUUUGUGGAGAGUGCUACUCUGAGGUCGUAUCUUAAUGAUCUUUUCUCAAGUCAAAAUCGCAAAUGAGAUGAGAGACUUCAUUUCAUUCUUGGCCUGAAAAGCAGUGCUUUGAAAAGACAGUCUUGACUCAUGGUCCACUUACUAGCUUUUUUCUGUGCUUUCAGCUACAUCUCAUGGUCCUCAACUGACGGAGUUUGCUCCAUACUAUGUGGCUGAAGUAUGGAAAAGUCAUAAUUUAAUUCCACAGAACAGAGCCGUCUCCAGCCGCUGGGGGAGGCCAUGUGAUGCUUUUGGCUGCAUCUUUUUGUUUGUUUGUUUUUUGGGCAAACAACAAAUACUUUUGUUCAUGCUUGUGUUUCACGUUUGAAAAGUUGUAUAAUUACAUCUGUUAAGACCUCGGCUGGUUGUCAGGAUGGUAAUAUGGAGUGGUGGCUCAUGCCUUUCUGUAAAGUUGGAGGGAAAAGUACCAAAGUACCUAAAAGUAUGGCUGUAUGUGAAAAAUUUAAUUCCUGACCACCAGAAAUAAUGUGUGAUAUGUGGACAUAAUGUUGUAAUUAAAUGGUUAUCUUGAAAGGUCAUAAAAAUGAAAUAGAAAGAGCAUUUGUUAUCUGAAGAGAACAUAGUUUUGACCAUAAGAUAGCAAGACUAAAAGAAUGAGCCACUUCACUUCGCUUUUGCAUAAAAUCUCUCCUGGUCUGUGUUAAACAUCACAUAUUGAAGAUAACAGUGGUAGAGCAUCGUCUGUCUGUCUGUCUGUGAGGACAACUGUGGUUGCCUUUGCAAAUAUGGCUUUGUCCAUAUCACAGAGCCACAGCGUCCUCAUAUGAUGUCACUGUCUUCCUGUAUUGCAUGUAUUUUUUGUCUGUUAACCUUUUUUUUUUUACCUCCAUGCAAGGAGCCAUCAAACCAAACCCACUUGUUGUGGUGUUUGAGGACUGCAUCACUUCAUGUGACUGCUGUUGUGUCCUCUUUAUCUUAACACAGACAUUCUACCAUAUCCAACAUGUACCCUCUGUCUGGAUCUAUUGGCAGAUGUCUCAUACAUGGUUGCAUUAAAGUUCUUUGCUUUGCUGUCCUCAAAUAUCUUCAUUCUCAUACCACAUUAUCUAAUUUAUUCCACAACAGAAUCCCUAAUGUCUCUCCAUUCUGUGUUACUUUCCUGAUCAACUUGUAGCAGUACCUCCAAAACAACAUACAGUUCACCUUUAUGAACUUGCUCAUAGUGAUAGAUCACAAUCUUCACUGGGGUCGAUUGCAUUUUAAAAUAGUUUUUGGCAGUUGAUGGACUGUUCUGAGACACUGUGUUCUCAGUUUUCA